AUUCAUACGUGCACCGUCUGCCACUCUGCGACACAGGUGUGACUGUUCCACCUGAUGCUUGUAAUUGUACCACGUUGUGAGAACACAUGAUCGGUAAGUACCAAAUCAGCAGCGGGGGGGUGUCGGUGGCAUGAUUAGGGUAAUUAGCCCUCCUGACCUUAACUAAACUUGUUUAUCGUUCAAUUUGCUCACGGGGAAUCGAUCAUCCAGCUGGCUUUGGGAUUAUAAACUGUGCACGCGGCUACAAAUACCUCCGGCGCGUCGCGCUCCGCUCAGUGUUCCCGCGCAGUCCCGUUACGCACGGAUCAGGUUCGACCUGCGCUGAGAAAGGAGCGAGACGGUCCCCUCUGGCCUUACCCCGGACCCCCCCCUUUCAGCCCGGCUCCAGAGGGAGGCUCGUUGGGGGAAACAACAACACCCGAGCAUGUCGGCGGUGAGCGCGGUGCCCUUCAUGCGGCCGCUCCAUAUUCGCUCCCCGGGGCCGCGGGGCCGCCGACACACGCUGCCGGCCAGCGAGUUCCGCUCCCUCAGCCCGGAGGAUGCCAUCAGCGUGUUCGAGAUCGAGAGGGAAGCCUUCAUCUCAGUGUCCGGUGAGUGUCCUCUCCAUCUGGACGAGGUGCGUCACUUCCUCACCCUGUGCCCUGAGCUGUCCCUUGGCUGGUUCGAGGAGGGACGUCUGGUGGCUUUCGUCAUCGGCUCUCUGUGGGACCAAGAGAGGCUUACCACGGAUGCCCUCACUCUCCAUAAGCCUCAGGGCACCACCGUCCACAUCCACGUCCUGGCCGUCCACCGGACCUUCCGCCAGCAGGGCAAAGGCUCCAUCCUGAUGUGGCGCUACCUGCAGUACCUCCGCUGCCUGCCCUAUGUGCGCCGUGCCGUGCUCAUGUGCGAAGACUUCCUGGUUCCCUUCUACCGGAAGUCGGGUUUUAAGGUGCAGGGCCCCAGCAAGAUCACAGUGGGGCCCCUCGCCUUCAUCGAGAUGCUGUACCCGGUCAGGGGCCACGCCUUCAUGCGACGCAACAGCGGCUGUUGAGGACGGGAGGAAUGUCUUUCUGAGCCGCGGCCCUCUUCUUUUGGGGACGUCUAAGCAGCUUUGUGUGAAGCCCCCGAGCGGCGCGGUGUUUUUGCGAGCGGCAUUGUGGGCGAGAACGGUUCUUCAGGCGGCGAGGAGGUCGCCCGGAUCGCGAGAGUCUGAGGACAGCCGAGAGCUGUUCCUGACAGCUGGAUAGAAAAGUGCUCAGAGACUACAAAUGUCCGAAUUAUUGGACCAAAGUAGCGAAAGGAUGAACUUAUCUCAGAUUUACAUUGAAAGGAUACCCAUUUCUUUGAAAGAAAUGAAUUAUUGUAUUCAUCAGAACACAGAAGCCUUGUUUCUUUUUUCCCCUUUAAAAAAUAUAUUUCUUACUUAACCAAUCUGGCUUUUCUAUAACGCCAAUUCAUUAGUCAAAUAAUCAGUAUCGGCCCAGUAUGCAGUGUGUACUGUGAAGUUCUGUAUAAACAGCAUGCCUUGGAGGAUAAUGUCACACUUUGUAUAGCUACAACGAUACGACUAUAAAGUUAGACGUCAAAGUGAACAGCUGGCCUUCGAGGACUGUGGGAUAAGGAUAGAAAGUGAAGGAAAUCAGCAAUCCCACACCAGACCACACGUCAAUGUGUUAACUUUAAUUAAUCAGUGAUUGUUGUGUGUACAUAGAAAUUCCACAAUGUAUAUUUAGCUUGUCAGCAUGUUUCCUAAAUACAUGUUCUUGAAAAAAGAUCUGCUAGAUAGUUUCCUCCCGCCUUUCCCCUCGUAGGAAAUCACCACCUCUGCCUCCCAAAGUCUCAAAUCGAGACAAUUAUGUUCUGCAUUUGUUUGUUCUUCAAAUGAUGCAAAUUCUAUUUUCAAGCAUUACAUGUGCUAUCUGAGGUCUUUCCGUUGUUUUAACAGGUGCACCACAGGGUGUAUUUAGUGGCUGUUUUGGAGAUUUCUAUCAAAUCAAAUAUCUGUGUUUCUGCUUAUUGUUAAAUCUAAUUUAGAUCCAUUCAAAUUACAAUAUGCAGUUAGUACAGAAAAUGUAGAAAAUUGAUACAACUCUCUCACAUAUUAUUAAUGCAAGUAGAUUUCAACAUAUAAAUUGAAUCAACACAGAAUAAUAUCGUGACCAGAAAUGUAUUUGAAACCUUUUAUUCCAAUAAAUAGAAAAAAGGGAAA